AUGCCAUUGCAGCCCGGGAAGGGCUCGACCCGUGCUCGGCGCGGCGGGGCCGCUGGAGGGCGACCGGCACCCAGGAACGGCCCGGGGAAAGGGAACGGGCCGGGGAACGGGAAGGGGAACGGGAACGGGAACGGGAAGGGGAACGGGAAGGGGAAUGGGCCGGGGAACGGGAACGGGAAGGGGAAUGGGCCGGGGCCGCUCCCCGCCUCGGGGCUCGCCCCGGGCCGCUCCGUGCGGGACCGCGCUGGGCAGCGGCAGCGCCGCAGCCGGGACGGAAACGGGGCCCCGCCGCUGGGCAUCGCCGGCAGCCGCCAGCGAAGGGCAGAUCCGUCACACACCCCAUCGCAGGGCAUCCCAUCGCAGGGCAUCCCAUCGCAGGGCAUCCCAUCGCAGGGAAUCCCCCGGGAAUCGUGGUUGCCCCCAAAAGCUGCAACCCACAUUUCUGUCAGGAAAAACUCUUUUCCCUUGGCGUGCAUUCAGCCUGAGCGCAAGCUCCGGGCCAUGCGGCCCGCGGUGCCUGCGCGCCGGGAUGGAUCUGCUGCUGCCAGCACCUACAGCCAGGUGCCAGAAAUGGCCAGCUGGCGCCUGAUGGCCGUGGGCUGGUACAGCUGCAAACCCAGAGUGAACCCUGGUCCCUGGGCACCUGUGGGGUCUGCACCGCCUCCGCCCCACGCCUGGGACCCUCCCGGCCGCUCCCGGCGGGGCGAUCUCCGAGCGCGGCCCGUUCCGGCGCGCCCCGGGGCCGCGGGAGCCGCGACGGGCGGGCGCAGCCGCCGGCGGGGCGCGGAGCCCCGCGGGGCCCGCGGAGCGCGGCUCACCCGCGGUUUCCCACCCAGCAGUGACACCUGGCGGGGCGAGCGCGGGCGGACCGGCCCCGGCCCCCGCAUCCCGCUGAGCCCCUUCCCCGGACGGGGCGGCCGCGACCGGCGGCUCCGCGCCGCAUCCCCGCGGGUGCGGGCGCGGCGGUGGGAGCGGCCCCGGUGCGGGGCGGCGGCGGGGGCAGGAGCCCGGAGGGGGCUGUCCGACGUGCCCCCGGGGAGGCGGGGGUCGGUGCGGCCGGAGCGGCGGCUCCGCGUCUCUGACUCUGCCCAAUGA